AUGACCCUCAAUUCUGAGACUGUAGACUUACAAACGUUGACUCCAUGGUAUCACUUCCCUGAUGCCAGAUUGUCCGAAGGUAUCUCCUACGUGAAGGAAACGGAUACUCUUUACUGGAUUGAUAUCUACCAGGCAGAAGUGCACAAGUUGGAAGAUAUCACUACUAAGGGGACCUCCGGGUUGCAUGAUUAUAUUACUCUGCGUAAUGAUAAUUACAAUGCUGAUGCAGCUAUUAAGAACCCCAAUACUGCUGGCAAGUAUAGGGAAUCCAUUGGUGUUGUGUUCCCUGAUCAUCAGGAUAAGAAUUUGGUUUUGUUUGGAUCCAAAUUUGGGAUCGCUAAGGGUGAUUUAGUGACUAAGAAAUGGGAAUAUUUGAUGUUGUAUUCUGAAUGUAAAGAUUUGGACAAGGAAAGAGCAAUGAGAUUGAGGUCCAAUGAUGGUAAUGUGUCUCCCUGUGGGAAUUACAUUUACAUUGGUCUAAUGGAUGAUAACGAUGUGGAAUUGAAGAAUGAAGGAUGUUUGAUGCGUAUUAGCUUAGUGAACAAGACAAUGGAAGUGGUUUGGAAGAACAUUACCAUCCCCAAUGCUAUCCAUUGGAGUUUGGAUAAGAAGAGCAUGUAUGUGACUGAUUCCUUGAGUUGGAUCAUUUGGAAAUGUGAUGCGCAAGAUUUGGAUAAGAAGGUGAAAUUGAUUGAUAUCAAGAACGCUAACAACCAAGCCUUUGCCUCUCCUGAACCAGAUGGAAGUGAUGUCGAUUCAGAGAAUAACAUCCUAUACACUGCUGUUUGGUCCACUCACAAAGUGCAAGCCUUUGAUUUGGAGACAGGUAAGUUGUUGAAAGAGUACGUGUUGCCCAAGGAGACGCCAAGAAUCUCGUGUUGCUGCAUCUACGGCAGUGAUAUCCUGGUCACCACAGCCAACAUGGACUUGCCUGACGGUGUCAAGAAAUCCGGGGAUAAAGUGGGUGGAUCUAUCUUCAGGAUCCCCAAUGUGAUCCCUAAGGGUAAGAUAUUCUCCACCAAGCCACAGCUCAAGAUGUAA